AUGGCGGUUAUUUCAUCAUCAUUUCCGAAUUGGAAAACGUCAAAGUUUAUUUUUAUCGCAAUCGAAUUGUGCAUGUUAAUGCCUUUGCAAGUCGUGUCAUGUCCAUCGGAUUGCGCUUGUAAAUGGAAAGGUGGAAAACAAACGGUGGAAUGUCCCGAUAAGGGUUUGAUAACAAUUCCAAACGGUAUCGAUGCGGGAACUCAAGUUUUGGAAUUUUCCGGAAACAAUUUAAAGCUUUUACCACGUGAAAGAUUCGAAAGGAUGGGUUUGUUAAACCUCCAAAGAAUUUAUUUGUCACGUUGUAAAAUUUUACAAAUUGAUGACAGAGCUUUCAGAGGUUUGACUAACUUGGUAGAAUUGGAUUUAUCAUUAAAUUUUCUAAACACGGUACCGACGGAAACUUUUGUCGAUUAUCCAUCAUUAAUGCGAUUAAUUGUGAGCGGAAAUCCCAUCAGGGCUCUACAAACGGCAUCAUUUCGACCUUUAUCCUUUUUAACAUCGCUUGAAUUAAGCAAUUGUCAAAUCGAAUCCAUCGAAGAUGGUACUUUUUUAGGUUUGGACAAUCUCGAAUGGUUGAAACUCGAUGGUAAUCGUUUGAAUUUCAUACGAGGUGAAAACAUACUUCCGGAUGCCGUUCACGGAGUCGCUUUGGAUAGAAAUCCUUGGCAGUGCGAUUGCCGUCUCCUCGAAGUACACAACUGGUUAUUAAAUUACAAAAUAAUACAUUCGACCGAGCCUAAAUGCGCUGGUCCGGAGCGUUUGGUCGGAGAACCCAUUAGAAAUUUAGAAGUCGGAGAUUUGGCUUGUCUCCCCGACGUGUCACCGACGACGCUUUAUUUAGAAAUAGCCGAGGGUAAAAAUAUAUCUUUAUUAUGCAGAGUGUCGGCAAUUCCCGAAGCGAGUGUUUCCUGGUGGUUUCAAGGGAGAAUAUUGCAAAAUGAUACGACUUUAGCUCCAGGAUUUCAUUUUUAUUAUUUCGUCGAAGAAGGAAGAGAGGAAAAACGUAGCGAAUUAUUUAUAUUUAACACGAAUCCGGAUGACAAUGGAACGUUUGUUUGCGCGGCUGAAAAUCCAGCUGGAAAAUCCCUUUCUAACUACACAAUAAGAAUAAUAGUUAAAGAAGAACCCGUUGUGGGACUCAUUGUUUUUUCCCGAGAGUAUCUUAUAGCAAUUUUCUCCGUUUUAACAGUUUUUUGUUUUAUUAUACUCGUUAUUUUAGCAUUUCUAUUAAUACGAUGCCGGAGACAGAGGAGAAAAAAGAGAAAGAAGGAAAGGAGUAAAGAAAUGGCUUCGCAAAAUCAAAAACCCUUAUUGCGAAAUGAAAUUAUAACGAGUCCGACGGAAACGACGGGUAAAUCUAAUGGCACGGUCGUCAUGUCGGGACAAUCAAACGUAUCUGUUUUUAUACCCAACAUCGGGGGUUCGAAUGAAAACGAAUCUCAAUCCAUUACGUCGGGCGUGUACAUUCCCCAAAACGUUUUUUUAACGGAUCAAAAUCCGGAUUUAAUUAACGGCACGGAAAGUGCGGGUAAUAAAUUUCAAAUCGGAGAAUCGCAAAUCGAUGGAGGACAAAAUCUUUCUCUCAUGUCUAGUCCGUAUGCGGAUGCCUCGAGAUACAUUCAGACAAGGGGGAAUUGCGACUUAUUUAUUAAGCAGCAUUACACGGCAGACAUUCAUCUUUCCCCCGGUAGGUUUUUCGACGGAGACGGUUAUCCGGUGGAUUACGGACUUCCUAAAGUCCCAUUAAUGGUAUCCCUUCCGACUCCGGAUCAACAAAUAAAUUAUUACAGGACACUCCCGAAUAAAAGAUCCGCUAAAUUUUCGGCCGCGAAUCCACAUUUGAAAUUUGCAAGCAGGGAAGCAGAAUUUUUAUCAUCAUCGCAUUCCAAUCCUUACGAUUACAAUCCGAGUAACGUGAGAUACACAUUAGAAGGUUAUCCGUGUCAUCAACAACAACAACAACCACAACCACCACCACCUUCUAAUUAUUCGCCUUCUGAAUGUGAGGGAACUUUUAUACCUUCACCACCUGCCGCGUAUAAGACUGAUGGUAUUUCGAUGAUACCCCCGUGCGAUGCGAACAAUCAGUGGCAGUGUGUAAAUGCACAACAAUCCCGCGCUACAGAUAUAAACGCUGACGGGAUAAUGCAACAACAACAACAACAGUGUUCGAUGAGUUCAAAGAAAACUCAGGCUGUUUUAACGGAAAGUCCCGAUGAAGGUUAUGUUGGUGACACGACAGAAUCAGGAGAUAUUUGA